UUUUGGAUGACAGCCCUAUCGUAAUCAGCAACUAAGAUAACCUGCCAAAAUUUAACCGGCGCCGCGGACCUGAAAAACUCAUUUUCGGUUUCGAUUUCAAACAACGUCAAAACCCGAUCUCAUUUCACCAUGUCUCUCGACGAGCAAUUCCAAAAAGUCGCUGAAUCAGUCAGGAACUGGAAGACCAGGCCCAGUGACAGUGAGAACCUCUCCCUCUACUCCCUCUACAAGCAGGCCGUCUUCGGUGACGUCAACAUCGCCGAACCCAGCGGUCUUGUUGAGAAGGCCAAGUUCAAGGCCUGGUCGGACCGCAAGGGCAUCUCAAAGGAUGACGCUAAGAAACAAUACAUCGAGCAAGCAGAGAAAUUGCAGUCCAAAUACGCCUAAACACUCAUUAUAACUUAGGAUUAUUAUUAAAUAAUAUAAUGUCAAAAUUCUUAAUCUCUCAGUUUCGUGGUUUUGUGUCGAAUAAAGUGAGCGUAAUGAAAACUUUUAUAACUUCUUGGUAAUUAAAUUUUAUUUUAAAA